AUGGCCAGCAGCUACGCUCUAGCAAAAGGUGACCUUUCCAAGGGGAAGUCGAAAUCAGACUUCAUGAAAGGCAAAGCUGUGACCGUUGAGGGGGGAGGCAAGACCCACACAAGUGACCCCUUUGGUGGUAAACCCAAGGGUGCCAGCAAGUCGUCCCACAUCGGCAAAUCCUCCGAUCCCAAUCAUGAUAGCAUAGUGGAUGUUAGCUACAAGGGUGCCAAGGGCAAGCCUGACAUUUCCAGUGGCUAUACCAAGGGCAAGACCGACCCAACCAAGGGUUACAAAGGCCAUGGUGACAUGAAGGGCAAGUCGAGUGGUGUCGAUGUUGGGAAAAGUUCCGGUAAGUCAACUGGACCUGCUGAUGAAAAGACUGGGACCAAAGGUGAUCAUGCCAAGGGUUAUCAUAGUUCCAAGUCGGGGGAUUUUUCCAAGGGCAAGACUGAGUAUGCCAAGGGCAAGAACAACACGGACUAUGUCAAGGGCAAGGCCGACGUGACCAAGGGUUACAACAAGGGCUCCACCGAAGAGAUGGGAAAAGGUAAGGCCAAAUGUGGGGUGGUUGGAAACAGUUGCGGAAAUGAGGGAAAGGGUCAUGUGGACCAGACUUCUGGGAAUGACAACACUGAGACCAUGGGUGACCACGCAAGUGGCUACAACACCAAGGGCUACGGCAAAACUGAGUAUGCCAAGGGCAAGAACAACACGGACUUUGUCAAGGGCAAGACCGACGUGACCAAGGGUUACAACAAGGGCUCCACCGAAGAGAUGGGAAAGGGAAAGACAAAAUGUGGGGAUGUUGGAAGCAGUUGCGAUGAGUCAAUUGGGAAGGAAAAGGGUCAUGUGGACCAGAAUUCUGGGAAUGACGACACUGAGACCAAGGGCAACCAUAUCACCAAGGGCUACCAUUCCAAGUCGGGGGAUUUCUCCAAGGGCAAGACUGAGUAUGCCAAGGGCAAGAACAACCCGGACUAUGCCAAGGGCAAGACCGACGUGACCAAGGGUUACAAGGGCUCCACCGACGAGAUGGGAAAGGGUAAGAGCAAAUGUGGGAAUGUUGGAAAAUGUUCCGGUAAGUCCAGUGGAUCUGCCGACACCGAGGCCAACCAGGACAAGAUGGGCUAUCACAGCAAGGGUUAUAAGGGCUACAGUUCCAAGUCGGGUGAUUUCUCCAAGGGCAAGACUGAGUAUGCCAAGGGCAAGAACAACAUGGACUAUGCCAAGGGCAAGACUGAUGUGACCAAGGGUUACAAGGGCUCCACCGACGAGACGGGCAAGGGUAAGACCAAUGUGGGUGAUGAUGGCCCAACAAGUUCUGGGAGCAAGGGAUCUGCCACAGAGACAUGGGACCACACCCCCCCCAAUCCUGACGACUCAAAGGACAAGCUGCCGCCAACUCUUGCCAGUGGCAAUGGUGUUUUGAUGGAAGAGGACAAGGACGUAUCAGCCACCAAACUUAUGGACGACCAUGAGAGGAAAGUCAAACAUUGGCUUAGCAGGGCACCUUACCAUCUUUUGGAGAACGCAGUUGAAACCGCACGUGCCCACACAUAUUUCCCAAUCUUCGAGAGAGACCUUUGGGCUUCCAUGGGGAAUCAUGCUUUUGGAGCUAAGCCUAUGGAGGAUGUUCUCAAGUUCGACAUGUGGCUGAAGAAAUGGGAAAUUUCGGAAACCAAGAAAUCGAUUCCUGCACCAGCCCCAGCAGCCCCGGUGAAAGAAGAGACCACAGCCUCGGAGUUUCCACCCCCCAAAAACCCAGAGGCCUACAAGGAGUAUUGGAAGAAGUUUGAGAGAAAGGAUGCUUCUUCUACACUGUCACUUGCCAGUACUGAGUCUCCGCCGUCCAGGGAAAGUGGGACCCCGUCUACACCCAGCCCUUCAGUUGCUUCGGACUCGACGACUGGACUCACACCAGACUGCAAACGGAAACUGGCUUUGGAAGGUGCUGAAGCGGGUGAACGGUUGGAUUCUCAAAGUUGUUUCUUCCAAGUUUACCCAGUCAAGACACUGACUGCGGAGGAUGCCGAGCGAAUCAAGGCCAUGACCAGCAUUGAGGACCUACCUGCAGACGAACGCAAACGUCAGCGGGAAGCUUUUCGAAGGCGACUUGCUCAACCUGGAUUAAGGCCUGGCCUGAUCCAGAAAUGGCAGGCAUGUCAUGACCAACAAUCGAAAUUCAAAUUCCUCCAGGCAUUUAUGUUGGACCCCCAGUGCCUCGGAAGUAUCCAGAUAGAAGCAGAGUACGUCAACCAAGCCGAACAUGAGGACAGCAGUCAGUGGGCCGAAUUGCCUCUUUCGACCCUACGCAAGCAGUUCACCUCACCUGAGGAAAAGGCCUUCCUAGAAAACCAAGUUGUUGGAAAACAGUCUGGACGUGAGCACCCCCAAGAUCCCUCGAACCCGGAAAUGAGGCUUUACUGGAUUUACCGGCAGACCACCGACACCACGAAGAACUUACAGCGUGUUGGGAAUCGUUUGUCAGGGAAGGGGAAUGUCCCGGCCAACAAGGCCGCAGUCCAGGCUUGUGUUGAUGGCAUAACUGGGUUCGCUUCGGACUUUGGCAAGGGCAAGGGGGCCCCAGAACCGACUGUGGUUGGGAAAGGAAAAGGCAAAGGGAAGACCAAGAGCGGAGAACCUCCCGAGAAGAAACGCAAGGUGAAAUCCCCAGAAGAGAUCCGAAAGAAGAACUUCAGCGAAAAGCUGGAGAAGCCACACCCUCAAAAAGAAGUAUGGAAAUCCUUAAGUAUCGCAGCAGAGAAGCGAAAGGCCGAAAAGGCCUUGCAGGCAAAGGCGGGUGUGAAGGCCAAAGCCAAGGGGAAGGCCAAGCCCAAAGCGGCCGUGGCUCCUACUUGGGGGAACGAGGAUGUGCCUGAUGAAUGGCCAGCUGAUGAUGACUUAGAAGGUGAGAACGAUGAGGAGUUAGAUGGUGAGGAGCUGAAUAGCGGCGAUGAAGGGAACCGGUGCUCGCCCUGGUCGAAUCCCUCCGAUGCCGGGCCCGUGGGCACUCUUGGGGGUCCGGGCAGAUUCUUGAGCGGUGGACUCAUUCCCAGCCUUGGCGAAUUGACGAAAUUCUGGCACGAUGAGAUGGAUACUGCCUGGUAUCGCGAGCACCCGAUUCUUCAGGCGAACGAUCCUGCCAAAGUACUUCCUCUUCGGAUAUUUGGGGAUGGUGCGGAAAGCCAUAGAAAACAGAAGUUCGAGAUGAUCAGCUUGGUUCUACCCUUGGCGGCCUCCUCAUCAACGAUGAAUUCCCGGAUCAUGUUGUCUUGCAUGAGUGCGACCUAUUGCAACGAAAAUUCAAGAGUCAAGAUACUGGAGACCAUUGCUUGGAGUUUCGAAGCGUUGGGUACUGGAAUUUUUCCCACUCAUGACCCAUGGGGAGUGCCAUUUUCGGCUACCUACUGCAAGGAGCGUUGGAAGCUGGGGGGCACACGGAUCGCAGGUGAUUUUGUUGGCUGUUUGGAAGGGAUCCAGGGCGAUCAAGACUACAUCAGGGCAAUGAUGACACCUUUCCGUUUCUACUCCAAACAGCAAUGCUGCUAUUAUUGCCGGGCCCUGGCUUGGAUCUACGAGAGUGACAAUCCAGAAUGUGCUGAAUAUCUCUACACAAAUUUUGGGAGGGAAGCCGCCCAUCGAAGAACGUUGGUGUCCAGAGAAGAAUGGAUGGACAUCAGCACUCCGUCACCCAUAUGCAGAAUACCCGGAUGGACCCCAUGGAGAAUACUCCCGGACCAAAUGCACUUGGUGCACCUUACGAUAGCACCUGAUGUGAUCAUUUCGUGCUUGCUGGAUUGGACUGACAACGAAGACUAUGUUUCUGGGAACACCAGGGACCGACGCCUGGAAGUGCUUUGGGAGAAUUACCGUGGUUGGUGUGAGGAAAACCAGAUCAGUGACAGGGCCCAAAGGAAGCUUUUCAGUGUGGGAGUACUAACCCCAGAUGCUCCUGGUUAUGUUGAAGUGUCUCAAAAACGACUCAAUGCUACUGGUGCUCGCUACAUGUUGUUCUGGCUUGCACAUGUUGCAAAAGACUACGCUAUGAGCCAUGGGACGGAUGCCGACAUGUACCGAGCUGGUGCUGCAUGUGGGCUUGCUGAAAUGGAGACCAUCAGUUUGGAAGGUUCGAGGAGGUUGACUCAAUCUGAAUGGGUCAAGUUUGAAGAAAGCUACCUCUGUUACCGAGCGAGUCAUAACCAUUUGGUAGACAUGGCCAUUGGUGCUGGACUGCCAAGAUGGCAUGUUAGGCCAAAAGGCCACUAUUUGGAGCAUGCGGUCUACGAUUUCCAAAGGAAAAACCUGCGAUACAUGUCCAAUUUUUUAGAUGAGGACAUGAUCCGACGUACAAAAAAAAUGGCAUUAGCAGCCCACCCAAGGCAUGUUUCAAAACAUGUGUUGUACAGAUAUGCGCUUUCAGCUACUCUUCGAUGGUCUGGAAUGAUCAGGUGA